AGUAACUAUAAAAAAUUCUAUAACAAAACUUAUCAGCAGUGCGAUGCUGUUAUAUGAUAAAAAUAAGCAUAAAAGAAAAGUUGAAUUUGUUGAUGUUAGGUGUGUUAAAGGUAAAUUGAUGAAGGAUAAUAAUGUUUAUGGUGAAGAGAAGAAAAGUGAGAUUGUUACUAUAAUGAUGAACUUUGAUGAACUUUGA